AUGCACAGUAGAACCACCUGCCGUCCCUCAGGAGAAGGAUGCAAUCAAGGAAGCCAUAUUGAACAGCUGGCAAGGCAGUAUUACGUAAGUAAUCCACUGCGCUGUGCAUUCAGAUUCUGCCAUCAAAACGCGUACAGCCUAUCUUUCACCACUGGCUGCUCGAAGGAGUCGGAGCAGACAUCACUCAGAAAGAGGAAGGUCGUGAAGCUCAACUUCGUAUUGGCUAAGAUUCAUGCGGAUCUUAGAAAGAGGAAGGAGGAAGGUCGUGUCGUGACCUCAGCUCGACUUCGUAUUGGCCAAGGUUCAUACGGACAUCAUUUCACGGUCGCGAGGAGAUCUCAGAUAACGAGGAAGAGGCACCGUGCUGUGUGUCUCAUGUCGCCCGGAGGAAGCGAAGAAGAUUUAUGCCUGAUUCUUGUGGCAUAUUGUGGUUUUCAUUAUUGCCAACGUUCCCAGUUCUUGUCUUUCUACAUUCCCCAACACCACGCUGCAGCGCUUCCUCGAGAUUCCGAGGUCGUCAUAUUGAGCCCACGCGUAGGUAGAGCGCAUCAACUUGACUAUUUCACGAAAAUUCGACAUAGUACUACCUUGGCGAUGCUGGAGGCGUACUGCCAACAACAAACGAAUGGAAAGCAACAACGAUCUUAUGAAAGUCAUCACGUUCCAAUUCAAGAACACCGGCGAAGCACUGUUCAGAUAGGGAAGAAAGCCAUCGAUACUAUAAUCACAGCCAGCAAUCAACCGAAAACCUACUACGCCUUUCCUUCGCCAGUAUCCAAAGCCGACCUCGAAGUAUCAGUUCCUCCUUGGAAUUACACAUUCAGCAAAGUCCCUCAGGUCUCAAAGGGAGUGUUAUGUCGUCAUUCAUAGUGCUUGUUGUUGCUUUGUGGCGCGCUUUCCAGUCUUUUUUUUCAAAUCGUAGGAUGGCCCCUUUCCCCCUCAGUGCACCUAGUACUUCGAGGCAACGGUCUCGUGGUCGGAUGCGUCGAGGAUAUCGUACUCCUCAUCAGUGAGGAAACCGUCGUCUUCGCUGUCAUCAGCAGCGCUAAGCACCUCCAACUCAUCGUCGAGGUCGACGAAGUCAUCGUGCUCGAUGGCAGGGGAUGCCACUGUGGAUGGUGCUUGAGCAGGAGACGGUCGUGCCGAGCGCUCCACCUCGCCAUCUUCAUUCUCGACAUAUGCGGCCUUGCCCUUGCUGGAGCUGCUAGUAGCUGACUGGUAGGUGCUGCUGGCUGGACUCUCCUUCUCAAGCUUUGGGAAGACCAUUUGGCUGCCUUCAAGAGACUCCUCCGCAUCGUUUUCUUCCUCGUCGCUGGCUUGCUUGGCCACCUGCUCGAUGAUGUUCUUCAUCUUCUCGUAUGCCUCAUCGGCCUUCUUCUCUGCUGCAGCAGCCUUCUGCUUGCUGAGGUCUUGUGCAAGCUUCUCGCGCUCCUCGCGAGUCUUGACAAUGUUGGCUUUGAUAUGAGCAACACGCUGACGCAGGAUAUCGCGGCGCUCCUUCUCGCUCGUGCUCUCGACAGUCUUGUUGCUUGCAGGAGAAGCGUUCGUGUUCUGUGCCCAGCUCUCACGGUGGGCGUUGAGCUGCUCACGCUGAGCAUUAAGCUGGGCGAUCAUCUGCUCACGGCGCUGCUUCUGCUGCUCGCGCAUGGCAGCCAAGCGCGAGGUGAGAUUCAUACU